UGCGUCUCUACCACCGCCUGCCGCUCCCAUUCCUACCGUCACCCACACAGGCCCUGCUCCCCGUCUCUCCCGCGCCCUCAACAUCUCCACGCGUUCUCUCGGUGAUGUGACGCGACCAUCUCCCAGGACGCCUGCGCGUGCGGCGACAGCUUAUGGCUUUGUGGAUCACGUCCGCCUCCUGUUCGACGAAAUGGUGCAUCAAUGGAUUUCCAGCUGUGGUCGGCUCCACAAGCAUUUGCGUCGGCCCAUAAUCCAGCCCAUUAGACUGUGCUUCUUCUCCCUGCGCGCUUCUGUCGAGCAAACGAGCAGUUACUCCACAACAGCAGUCAUUAAUGGCAUAGUAUUUGGUUCGUUCCCUACUUCCCUUGCUCUUCCUAUUCCAUCCAUGAUUCCUCGGAAACCAAACGCCGGCUCACUCAUCCAGAUCCCCACGUUCUCAGAAGAAAUAAAUUCACAAGAAACUGAUGCUGGCAUCCAGUACGUUUGCCCACAUAAGUCCCCUCCACACAGGGCUCCGCAUCUUGCCCUCUCCUUGCGAAGUCUUCGUGGUGCUGGAUGACUUGGAUGCUGAAGCUGGUCCUUUGUUGAUUCUUACUUGCUUCGUAUUGGUGCAUACUCUCCUUAUUUGUUGCUAAAUCUAUUUUCGUUUAUUUACAUGAAUGAACAAAUACGGCUUGCAAGUUUGUGUUGUUUUUUUUGUUGGCUUUCUCUCUCAGGGUGCUGGCCGGCUUGGAUGCUAAGGCUGGCGUUUUUGUUGAUUCUUCCUGGCUGCAUAUUGCCUGCCACCGUGCCACGCGACGCGAGGUGUCGAGAGCUGGGGUACACGACCGCAUUGCAAGAAGGCGGAAGCAUGUAACCCGUGAGCGAGUCUUGAAAGCGUAAUCAAUGAGUACGUAUUACGAACUUCGACACGGGUGAUAGGUAUAGUCCGUUUGCCGCCGUCGGAGACGGACUAGCGUGCGUAAAGCACAAAACUGCUCUGAGGAAGCCGGAGAUUCUGAGGGCCUACAGACAAGCAACAUCCUUUGACGACCAUGAGCCCGACGCCCGCCAUCCACUCGCUCAGCACGCCGCCGGCGCCACUUCUCCGGCGCGCUACCUCCGCCGCCUCCGCCUUCCGGGAGUCCUCGCAGCCGCCUCCGAGCGUCUCCUCUCGCCGCGCCGCGCUGCUCGCCCUCGUCCUCGCGGCCUCGCCGGCCCGGCCCGUCGCCGCCGCUUUCUCCUUCAGCUUCCCUGGGCCGAAGGAGUUGCUGCGGGAGCAGAAGAGGAAGUCGGCGCGGUUCCUCCUCGCGCCCAUCGCCGCCUCCCGCGACACCCUCGUCAAAGCCCAGGCCCUUCUCGCUUCGGCGAAUGCGUCUGCCGAGGACGCCGAGGAGGUGAGGGGGCGGCUGAGUGCUGCAGGGAGGGACUGCGUGCCGCGGGAGAGGAACUCGAUAGUGGCUUUCCAGUCGCGAACCGGCGUUGAGGUCUGCACAUUCAGCUUGAUUCUGAAGAAUGCUGCGUCACUGCUUGACGACAAGGAUCCUCUCAAGGUUGCAGCUGAUACUAGGCUUGCCGAGCUAAUACAGUCAUUCUCUGAUCUGCGAACUGUGGUGGAGAACAGUAACUUUGAGCUCAGUGGUGAUAGAAAGAAGAUGAAUGAUGACUUGCUGAGCACUAUCACCGCUCUCGAUAAAUAUGAACAGGGUGUAAAGGAUUGCAUAGGUGUAUAGAAUAUUUUUGGUCGAUUUAUAUUAUUUUUUCUUUGCAACACCUCUUGAGGCUUAAAUCAUUUCAAAUGACCAAACAUUUUGGUUUUCCUUCUACUGGUAAAAUUUUUUUGCCCCUGUCCUUAGCUCUCCAGGUCAAAGGAAAUAACAGGAGUGAUUAGGGAGGGUUUUUCCUCGAGAUUA